CUUAUGUUUAACCCAUUACGCCAUACCAGUCGUCCAAUCCUAUAUAACAUUAACGUAACCCGACAUCCUAUCCCCAUCCCCACAUCUACUAUACAUCUAAAUCUACACCAACUUUACCUUUCUCUACUACUGAAUUUAUCCAUACGUCCACUAAAUCCAAAUCCAAAUCCAAAUUCCUCAAAAUGACCGCCCACAGCAACGCCAACUUCAAAUUGGAGAAUCUCUUCAAUGUCAAGGGCAAAGUGGCCCUAGUCACAGGCGGCGGCUCGGGCAUCGGCCUAAUGGCGACGCAGGCCCUCGCGGUCAACGGCGCAAAAGUAUACAUCACAGGGCGAACGAAAGAAAAGCUGGACCGGGUGGUGGAGCUCUACAACGACGCUUCCAUCCCGGGCACGAUAAUCCCGAUCGUGUGCGACCUGACGCAAAAGGAGUCGAUCGCGCAACUGGUUCAAACGAUGGAAUCGCGCGAAAAACACCUCUCCAUCCUGAUCAACAACGCGGGGGUCAGCAGCGCGCACGAAACGACCGAAGACACGGACCCGCACGACCUGCGCGAGAGCCUGUUCAACUCGCCCGCGGGGAUGGACGAGUGGGAGCGCGCGUACCGGACGAACGUGGUGCAGGCGCAUUUCACGACGACGGGGCUUUUGCCGCUGCUGCAGAAGGGGUCGGAGGUGGAGCAUGGGUGGUCGAGUACGGUGGUGAAUAUUACUUCGAUUUCCGGGAUCGUCAAGGUCUCGCAGCAUCAUUUCGCGUAUAAUGCGUCCAAGGCGGCCGCGAUUCAUUUGACUAAGAUGCUGGCGCAUGAGAUUGCCUCGAGUGGGUUGGCGAUCCGCGUGAAUAAUAUUGCGCCGGGGGUUUUCCCGAGUGAGAUGACUGCCGGGGAGAGUGAUGAGGCGCAGAAGAGUGAGGUGCCCAAGCAUAAGUUUGAGGGGAAGGUGCCGGCUGGAAGGCCGGGGAAGGAGGAGGAUAUGGCCGGGGCGGUGUUGUUUGUCGCUUCGAAUCAGUAUCUCAAUGGCCAGACGGUGGUUGUGGAUGGGGGGUAUGUUUUGGCUGCUGGGGCGGUUAAUUGAGUUGUGGGUUGGGUAAAAUUGUAUACUUGUAUAGUUAGUUGUAUGCCUG